GUUAGCUAACGCUAAGUAGCUGGCGAGUUAACUACACCGCCUGUUCACUGUUUCUGUGAAUAAAAGGGCAGUUUGUCAAGUUUCUGAGGCAUGGCUGCGGUGGUGGCGCAGUCCCACCACAUAUUCGGCCUCCGGACAGGAGUGAGGAACAACCUGCUCUUCUUCGACGAGCAAACUGUCAUCUUCCCUUCAGGAAACAACUGUGUGCGAUAUAACAUCGACCAGAAAUGGCAGAGGUUCAUUCCAGGCACAGAGAGGAGUCACGGCAUGCAGGCACUGGCCAUCAGUGCCAACCGGCGCUACCUGGCCGUGGCCGAGCGCGGAGAGAAGGGCACCAUCACCGUUUAUGACCUGCAGCACGAGCAGAGCCGUAAGAGGAAGGUGCUGACCGGGGGAGAGGUCCCGGUGCAGGAGUUCGUCUGCAUGGCCUUCUCUCCUGACUCUAAAUACCUCCUAGGCCAAGCUGGAGGCCCCGAGUGGACCCUGUUCUACUGGGUCUGGGAUAAACAUAAGGUGAUGGCCACUGUGAAGACCACAAGCACUGGCCCCAUAUCUCAGGUCAGCUUUAACCCUCAGGACAACACACAGAUAUGUGUGAGCGGUAACGCCGUGUUCAAGCUUUUCCGCUACGCCGAGGGGGCCUUGAAGCAGUCCAACUCCAUAAAGCUGGACACGCAGAACAUCCUGUCUCACGCCUGGAUGUCCGAGGAGCGGGUCAUCGCUGGAACUGAGACGGGCCGACUGCUGGUGUUCGAGUCAGGUGACCUACGCUGGGAGAUGAGCGCGACCAGCAAGGCGUCCACACAGGAGGCUGAGAGGCGGAAGUCAGAGGACGCCCCCUCUGUGCCUGCCUCAUUGCCACGGGUGACAGCCAUCACAGCCUACUCUAAAGGCUUUGCCUGCUCAGCUGGCCCAGGCACUGUGUGUCUCUUCGAGAAAACAGAGGAGAAGGACAACUACAGGAAAACCAGGGAAAUAAAGAUCCCCCCAGACCUGUGCAGUAAUGAGCCGAGUCAGGCGGAGCAGCAGGAGAUCGCCACCCUGUGCAUCAGCCCUUCAGAGGAGACACUGGCCACCAGCACUGAUCGAGGCCAACUCUACCACAUCACCCUCUCUUCAGCCGAGAUGAGCAAGGGUGAACAGGCCCAGUUUGAGUUCCUGUCCCACUCCUUCCACUCGAGCGUCAUCACAGGUCUGUCCAUCUGCAUGCGCAAACCUCUCAUCGCCACCUGCUCGCUGGACCACUCUGUGCGGAUCUGGAACUUUGAAACCAAUGCUCUGGAGCUCUACAAGGAGUUCCAGGAGGAGUCGUACAGCGUGGCCCUCCACCCCUCUGGACUCUUCAUCCUGGUGGGCUUCUCCGACAAGAUCCGGCUCAUGAAUCUGCUCAUCGAUGACAUCCGAACCUUCAAGGAGUUCACCGUGCGCGGCUGCCGAGAGUGUGCGUUCAGCCACGGGGGACACAUGUUCGCCGCUGUCAACGGCAACGUGAUCCACAUCUACUCGACCACCACAUUCGACAACAUCUUGAACCUGAAGGGCCAUAAUGGGAAGGUGCGGUCGAUCGCAUGGAGCGCGGACGACAGCCGUCUGGUCUCGUGCGGGAUGGACGGAGCCGUGUACGAGUGGAACACUCUGAGUGGAAAGCGCGAGUCUGAGAGCGUGCUCAAGUCCUGCAGCUACACGGGCGUGGUCCUGUCCCCCGAAACCAAAUCCAUCUUUGCUGUGGGGAGCGACUGCACACUGAAGGAGAUCCAUGACUGCCAGAUCCUAAGGGAAGUGGUUUCAGACGACGUCCUGUACACAACCAUCGCCAUGACCCGUUCGGGGAGAGCGCUCUUUACAGGCACUGCCACUGGGUCCGUGAGGGCCAUCAAAUACCCUCUACCCCUGCAAAAAGAAUGGACAGAGUACCAGGCUCAUUCUGCUCCCAUCACCAAAAUGGUUGUUACAUUUGAUGACCAGUACCUACUGACCGUUUCAGAGGACGGCUGUCUCCUCAUCUGGAAAAUCAUUGACAAGGAAGGGCGGGGGCUGAAACGAGACAAAGAAAUGACCUAUGCAGAGGAGAUCCUGAUUACCAAGUCUGAUCUGGAGGAAAAGAAUCAAAUCAUGCUGGAGCUGAAGACCAGAGUGGAGGAGCUAAAGAUGGAGAAUGAAUACCAGCUGCGGCUGAAGGACAUGAACUACAACGAGAAGAUCAAAGACCUCACCGAGAAGUUCACCCAGCAGAUGGAGUCAUUCAGGACCGAAAAUAAGGUGUUGAAAACAGAGAAGGAGAAACAGGAGGUCGUACACCAAGAGGCCCUGAGUGAGGUCAUGGAGAAACAUAGCAAAGAGCAGCAGGACCUGGAGUCCACCAACAACCAGAAGCUGAUGCUGGAGUAUGAGAAGUACCAUGAGCUCCAGCUGAAGUCUCAGCAGAUGCAGGACAGCUAUGAGGAGAAGCUGCGGCAGCUGGAGGACAGCAAAGUCCGCGCCCUGGAGGAGAUCACGCAGUUCUACGAGGCCAAGAUGCAGGAGAAGGUCCUCACGCUGGGCCAGUGUCAGGACGAAUCGCGGCAGCAGGUGCGAGAAUUUGAGGAGAUGAAGAAGCAGAUGGAGGAGGACAGCGACCGCGAGCUCCAGGACAUCCGCGUCAAAUAUGAGUGCAAGCUGCGGGAAGAGAAGGAGACCAACCUGAGGCUCAAGGGAGAGACAGGUGUCAUGAAGAAGAAGUUCAGCAGCCUGCAGAGGGAGAUCGAUGACAGAAACAUGGAGAUCGAGAAGCUGAAGGUGGAGCAGCAGAAGCUGCAGGCGGUCAUCAAGUCACUGGAGAAGGACAUCCUGGGUCUGAAGAGGGGGAUCCAGGAGAGACACCUGACCAUCCAGGACAAGGAUAACCUCAUUUAUGAUCUAAAGAAGAAGAACCUGGAGCUGGAGAAGUUCAAAUUUGUGCUGGACUACAAAAUCAAAGACCUGAAGACGAAAAUCGAGCCGAGGGAGAAUGACAUCAAAGAGAUGAAGGAGCAGAUCCAAGAGAUGGAGGGAGAACUGGAUCAGUUCCACAAGAAGAACACUCAGCUGGAGCUGACCAUUGCUGAUCUGAAGCUGAAACUGAAAGCCACGGAUAAAGAGAUGCACAAAGAAAUGCAGCGGGUCAGAGACGUGGAGGCCCUGGUACGGAGGUUUAAGACUGACCUUCACAACUGCGUGGGGUUCAUCCAGGAACCCAAGAAGCUGAAAGAAAGCAUCCGAGAGCUCUAUGAGCGCUAUGUUCAACAGUCAGACGUGGUGGAGAUAGUUGGUGUGGACGCGGACAUCCAGAGGGAGUACAGCAGGCAGAGGGAGCACCUGGAGAAGAACGUGGCCUCUCUGAAAAGGAAACUGGCCAAGGACACAGAAGUCCACCGAGCAGACAACGUCAAGAUCAUGAAGGAGAAUGUCUCUCUGAUUAAGGAAAUCAAUGAUUUGCGGAAGGAGCUGAGGGUGGUCCGAGCACAGGUCCAUGACUACGAGAGCCAAGUAGGCCUCAAUAAGAAGAACAAGCCCAGGAGCACCACAGACAUCAGAACAGCAGCCUCAGCAGGAACAGUGAUGCGGCUGAACUUCGAGGAGGAGGCUGAGCGGAUUAUCCAGCUGCAGCGCCUGGAGAUCCAGAGGCUCAGGCAGGAGCUGCAGGGUCAGAGCCGAACUCUCACGCCGCCCACGCCUUCAGCCAGCACCAAACUACCAGCCCUGACCGCGUGAACACCACUGAGCCCAUGCCAAACCAUAAGGGCCACAUAAUGUAAUUUCUGUUUUACGUAACGCUACAUUGCAGGUGUUUCUCUUUUAAUGCUGGGCGUAAUGAACAAUGAUUACAAAUGUCUAAGCAUGAUUUAUAUCAAGGUGUCCAGUUCUGAUCCUGGAGGGCCAGUGUCCAGCACAGUGUGGUGAUUUCCUUGCUUUAACACAUCUAAUAAACCUGGUAACGAACUGUUGAGUUGAAUUAACAGUGUUUGAGCUUGGAAAUCAACUGACUUUGCUGGAGGCACUAUAGGACUGCAACUGGACACCCUGAUUUAUAUUGACUAUUAAUUAUUACGACUCACUGGCCACUUUAUUAGAUAUACAUACCUUGUAUCUUUGCUCAUUGUCCACUUUUUCAGGUUCACUUGCUGUAUAGGUGCACUUUGUAGUUCAUCUGAUUCUUUUCUGACAGUGAUCCACCUCUCAGAUGAUACCUGUUCAGUGGUGGAGCUGUGGGG